AUGUAUUUUUCUAUCUGUGGAAGCAGCGUAGCCAUACCUCACAUGCUGGCUAUAUAUGAUGCUGUGGAGACUCUUUGCACUGCUGAGUUCGAUAAAUUUGAAGAAAAGAACUUUCUUGAAGACAUUUUAGUUGCUAUGGUGAGGAGUCAUGGUGGACAGCACUGGAAGAUUCGUCGUAGAAAUAGAACGUACCAUGAAAAUCUGGAUGAGUACAGAGUGACCUUUCACAAUUAUCUUAUCAGAAAUCAUGAGAAUCUCGUCGAUCUCAGCCGUCAAUUUUCUGUCCACAUAGAGGAUUGCGAAAAGGCGCCGUUGCCAUAUAACAAUCAUUUUAAUUUUUGGAUAGGAGGGCAAGUGUUUGAAGAUGCAAAAGGUGAGAGUGUUGUAUCCGUAUCCUGCCAAGCAUACCUCAGUGUUUGGAAGCACAUCAAUAAUCUUGGAAGUGGAAUGCCAGACCAUUCGGAUUUCAUGGUAACCCUAUGCAAUACAAACUGGUUUGAUGGAAAAAUGGGUAAAUAUUAUUGGAAUCCGCACUUUAGAGAGUAA